AUGCCCUCCACUCCCGCCACGCCCGCCAUUCCCGCCACUCCCAACGCCCCCGCCACUUCCGCCACUCCCUUCACAGCAGCUGCGAAGUCGACGGGAGGGCGGGCGGGGAAGAGGUGUGACUGGCGGAUGCUGGCGCUGGCGGCCGCCACUCCCUUCCCCCUUUCCUCUUCGCCCCCACAGCGCCCGUCGCUGUUUCUGCGCCACGGAGCCGCGACGAGGCAGCGUGACGACGGCGGGUCCAUUGGCAGGCUUGCUCGCGGGCUUGUUGGCGGGUUCGUCGGCGGGCGUGCUCACACCGCGCUGGCGGGUCCGUCGGUGGGCUUGCUGGCGCUCUCGUUGGCGGGUCCGACAGCGGGUCCGUCGGCGGGUUUGCUGGCGGGUCCGUCGGCGGUGCGCGGGCGACGGGCGGAAAACGGGAAAGUGCUCACAAGGCGCACUAAGGGGCGCGCCAUUGCGAGCGCUAAUGGUGGGCCCAUUUGA